AUGCAUUUUUCAAUACCGGAUACCCAGGAGUUUUAUAAUGAGGCGACUGGAUCUACGUACACGGGCUACAACAUCUACAUUAAUGGCAAUUUCCAUUGUUGCUUACGUUACAAGCAACUGCACAGUUUGCACGAGCAACUGAAGCGUUCUCUAUCCUCCCUGGAAUUGCCGCCUUUUCCGCCAAAGAAACUUUUGCCACUUACCCAAAAUCAAUUGGAACAUCGGCGGUCAUGUUUAGAACGCUAUGUCCAGCUAAUUGGGCAAGACCCCGUAUUUUCAAAAUCCGAUUUAUUGCGGACAUUCCUUUUGAACGCACAGCAAGAAUCGUCUUGCAUAGAAACAAGGGAAACAAUUUUGGAUGUUUAUUUAAUGAAUAACUAUCGAAUACCUGUGAACGGCUACACGACUGAAUGCUCAACAAAGAUUUUAGAGAAAGCUUGCCAUAAUAUUGAUUUACCCAGUGAGUAUACGUACUAUUUCUCACUGUUUUUGAUGCGUAAGGAGCGCGAUGGACGAGUAACGCUAAUAAGAAAACUAAUGGACUUUGAAUCGCCGUAUAUAUCGCAACGAAUUAUAGAUGACUGUAAAAUAGUAAUUCGUAAAAGUUAUUGGGACCCACGUUACGAUCUGCAAUUAAUGCAGGAUAAUAUCGCCUUAAAUCUUCUUUACAUACAGACUGUUAGUGAUAUUGAAUGUGAUUGGAUAAUAGCGACACAAGAUGUAAAAGAUCAAAUGGCAUCCUUGCAGGAUCGAGGGAACAAGAAAGAGUAUUUAGAAAUUGCAAGAAAACUGCCAUCCUAUGGUACAAUACAAUUUUCGAAUGCUGUCGUUGAUUAUCCCGAGCCAAAUACUGUAGCUACAAUUGUGAUAGGUAAUAAAGAAUUAAGUAUACGUACAAAUGUUGGAAUGAAAAUACAGGAGACUAAAUUCAAAGUGACUAGAAUGAGGUGCUGGCGGGUAACAACUAUCCAUAAUAAUGAAGAGGUCUCAUCAAACUCAUCAAUUGAAAGUCAAAUUCAAAAUUUGGAACUAUCAUUCGAAUAUCUUAUGACAAAGAAUUGUUUGAAAUGGAUAACGAUAUCUAGUGAACAAGCUAUGCUUAUGUCUGUAUGCUUACAAGGAAUGGUGGACGAAUUGCUGAAUCAGAAAGAUGGCAAUGAAUAUUUUAAUGCUAAGAUACAAUGCACAAAUGUAACGCCAUUAUCUUAUAUACGAAGAGACGGAGGAGUGAAUCAUCGAAUAUCAGAAUCAAGUUCAUCUGAUACUAUUUCAAGUUUGGUAAGCAAACAAACAAUACUGAAAAGAUUAUAUUGUAAUAAAAAUCGGUAUUUUUUAAUACAGAAUGAUAUCGACAUGCCAAUACAAUCGCCGUCCGAAUCGUUUUCAAUGCGUAAUAAAAUACGUAAGAAAAUUUCGACAACAGUUUUCUUCAAAAAUGGGCGCGAGUCAGUUCAGAAUGAGGCAUUCGAAGGCAUCGGCGACGAUGAUCUUUAAUAGUAGAGCUAAGGGCUAAAAUAAUAUAAUCUAUGUCCAACUAAACAAAAAACGUCGAUAUAAGAUAUCGAACAAAAAUAUUUUUUUCUUCAUCCUUUGUUUUUCUAUAUUCUAGUACGUAAUAUUAAAAUAAAUAUGUAAUUUAUACACACAAAUUGAAUCCGCGCACACAACACAUACAACUCACUAUACAAGCUAAAUUGAACGAAUUAAGUCGAAUUUUAUUAAGAAUAUCCAGACUUUUAUAGGUACAAUAUAUUUGACUCUUAAGGGAGAGAUGAUAUACAUGGUAAGAUUUUCGAAUCGAGUUUUUCAGAAAUCGUUAGAAUACACGUGUAAAUAUCUCACAUAUCCUUUUUUGUAUAUGACUACGACGUAGCAGCGUAUAAAAAAAUAAAAAUUGGUCCUUUUGAGUUCAUUUCUGUGUCAGAUUUGGCAAGAAUGCAAUUGUCAUUGUUAUUGUAAUUGUUUCAUUAUUUUCUCGCUAGAAGGUCUUUAAGAUGAUUUCUCAUGAUGAAUUUAAAUGUGCUAUUAAAACAUAUUUAUAAAUAGCAUAAUUAUUAAUUGGCAUUGUAAAACGAGGGGAUCAUUAGAAAAUUCAAAAACUGCCAAUCUACGUUAAGUUGUGAUGAUAUUGCUACAAUAUAAAAAUAUGUUAGUAUAAUUAAAAGCGAUUUACAUCAGUUAUUUUUACUCGCGUAUUUGUAAUGUUAUCACCCUUUUUUUCAUAAGUUCAUGCAUAUUUAAUAUGGGAUAUGAACUGAAUGGCUUCAUCCUGCUUUCAAUAACGUAUUCAUUUUAAAUUUUAACAUAAUUCUUUCGUUACUGUCAAUUUAUUGUGCCAAAUGUUUAUUUGAGAAAAUAAUAAAAAAAAACAAACAAA